UUAUUUUCCUUAUAAAAGAUAUUUACAAUCUUAGAUAUUAGACUCUUCUUGAAAGGUACUCGGGAUGAUUAUCAAAUAAGAUACUAAUUUUAUAUAUAACACGGUGUAAAAGAAUUUUUCCCGAAUAAUUUUCACCCAUUUGCGUUUUACAAAUGGUUGUUAUCGUAGGAAACAAUUAUGUGAUAAAAUAGCGUUUAUUACGCUACGAUGCAGCGCAUUGUUUGUCCGUGAAGUCGGUAUCGACGAAAUUCGAAGGAGAGAGGAAAAUAUAGAAACGUAGCGUAGAUAAAGAAUUAAUAGAGAAGAGAAAGGAUGUCGCGGUUUUGCAAAUUGUGGUCUAUAUACGCACUUUUAUAUGUAAAUAGUAUCUAACGUGAAUUACGUGAUAUUUCAUAGUACUAAAUCCGUUAUUCCUUUGUUUCAUUUUUGUUUCAUUUAACAGAAGUUUUUGGAAAUUUCAGAUAUUCUUUUCUAACGUACUUACUAUAUUCGACAUUGAUUUAGUAUAAGUAGUGGUGAGUUAGCAUUUACUCGUUUCUUGUGGCAUACAUUCUAUAGUUCUUUGUUUCCUGUACUUUUGCGAACGUAAGUACCGAACCGGAAACUUACGAGCCGUAUAUAAUAUUCUCUUUCUCUACUGCAUAAUUGUUUCAUCAUCAAAGGGAGAAAAGUAUAUAAGCAUACAGUACUAUUCUCCCGUAAUUAACUAAACUAAAUUAAGAUCUUAAUGAAAUUUGUCAAUAGGGAAAUCAUCCCUGUUACAAGAUUUUGGGAAGCUUAUGUUAAGAUACUGAUACAUUGAAAUAACACAUUCUCGUUUCAAUGUACAGUCAUCGGGUGAAACUAUACCAGUCGCAUAAUAAUUUGAGCAUCUUUUGAUUCUCAAAAAUUACGUGAUUUUCAAAUUUAUUAUUUCCAAAAUAUCCAAGCGAGAGCGAAAAUUAAUGUCGGACGAAAGCGUGCAAUAUUAUUCGGCCACCAUGUUUCUUACCGUGCUGCUAUCUACCGAUGAUUUCGAGUUUCACGACCGCGACGCCACCUACUUCCUCUCCCUGGGAAUCGUGAAACUACCUCCGGUUAUUCGCGCAGUAAAAUGUAACGAGAGAAAUGUGUUUCGAAGACGUUUCUCGUCCAUUCUGCUGGAUUGUUCCCAACUAACGCGUUCAGGAUUCAUCCGUGAGCUUCGGUACGUACCGAACGCUGUUUGGAUAAUUGCUCGAAUAAGUUUACUCGUGCAAUUGUUCCCGAAGAAUCACGUGUUCGAUGAAAGGUGAUCGGAUCUUUCAGGGCGAAUUCUUGCAACGAACGGUACGUUCAUGCCAUUAUGAACGUACCUUGGAUGUAGUGUGAAAGGACGGACUUAACAAAAGAUCCGACAUCUUUAUUCGUUGGCUGUGUCUCGCCUGUGAUUAUUACUUAGGCUUCUCGUCUUCAGGAUUUUCUGUUCAGAAAGUGACUGUGUAUUUCGUAAUGAAGUUGUGAAGGGAAUACCCGAAGAGGAGUCCAACAACUUCGAAGCCUAUGAAGCAUCAGUGUGAUACAAGUUAAUUCUCUUCCUCUAUUUUCACGUGUGUUACGAAGGUUUAUGAUAUACAACGAGCAAGAUGGACGAGUACGACAAGAAAUUCGCUGAGAUGCAAAAGUACAUUCCGUUUUUGGAAGCGAUGAUAGAACGAUUAAAAAACGUUAAGGACAAAUCGCGAGAAACGCAACUACAAAAAAUGCAAGGCCUUCACGGAAUUCUGUCGAACAGUAAGAGGAAGCUGAAGAUCGAGACGCUACAGCGAUGCGAAGAUGUUCUCCAGAAGUUGCACAACAAAGUAGAAAAGUUUCAGGGAAAUACACCUGGAUUACAUUUUACGAACAAGAAAAAUGAAGCGAAUUCAGCGCAGUCCUCAUCUGUAACCGAAGAAGCAGCAAAGCCUCAGCCCGCAGAGGAGAUGGUGGAAGACAAGGAGACACCGGCUAGUCCAAGUCCCCCGGUUAGUCCCGAUUCGGUUUCUCAAGUAGAGCCGAUAAUAAUACCCACCGAGCGUAAGGUGGAUUUGGACAAGCCUGCAUCCCCUGAUCCGAUCGAAACGUUGCCAACCAAAGCACCGAUUAUCAUACCGACCGAACGGACCACGAACGAUCUCAGUCUCUCGCCAAGUUCUCAGCGUAGUUCGAACAAAAGCGACGAUGUUUCGUUCGUCGAAUGGGAAAUGCUCGAAGGGUGCGAGAGGGCUAAGAAUCGGCAAAUUGUAGUUACUCCCGGCCACGAUGUAACCUCGUCGAUGAAACUGGUUGGAAGUAACGCGUCCCAGAUGGAGGGUAGACCUCACAUACCGAUAUCGAUGCACCCUUCUCGACAUAUACCAACGAUACCGGUACCUUCCCUGGGCGGUUCCAGAAGGUUGUCGUCGGUGUUGGAGAAGAAUCGGUUAUCAGGAGGGAAUUUAGACGUUUCGUCGGACUCCAGGCCAGAAUCGCCGAUGAACAUAUCGGAUACUAGACUGAAAUCCCCAGACUCGGAAAAUUUGUAUUCUAAGCAUGGUAAGAACACAUCUCCUAGGUUGAAGGAGAUGGUUACGAGGGCUGCUAGUACCAAACCUUCUGUGCCGUUGUUGCUCUCCCCACCUCCGGUCUCCACGGAGCCUCCCUUGUCCAUGGAAGACUUGGCGGAACUGUUGAACGAAGAAGAUGAUAGCAAGACGGAUAACAAGGCAGAUACGACUAAACCGAAGAAGGAUAAGCAGGAAUUAAGUGCGAUAGGAAAUGGUAAGGACGCGAAACAGUCUAAACCUUCACUAUUAGCACAAGAGGAUGUCGAUAGCGAAAGCGAGAGGCGUUGGGAGGAAAUUGAUAAGCACAUAGUCAAGUUGACGAGUAGGAAAUGUCUACUUACCGGUGCCCCGGCAAAAGUCGACGGUCAAAAGUCUAAUGAAAGCAAGGGACCAUCGCCAGUUAGCUUAGGGCAUAACUCGAUCGACAAUAGAAGCCGACCGUCAUCGCCUGGAUCAAAAGUUGAACCUCGUUUCGCGGACAAUUACGAACGGCAUCCUCGUAAUCACGCUCACGAUAAGGACAAACCUGUCGUGACCCCUCACCGAUUGAAUGACGAUGACAUACCUAAUCCGUUGCAUCAUGCCAAUCAGGCCAAGUUGGAGGAAAGAAAUACUAUGAUGUAUCAAAGGCGACAGGGAAGCGUUGGACCUGAGAUCGUUCCGCCUAGAAUAGACACUGAGUUCAGAAUGGAGGGCUCAGAGUACUUCAACAGGCAAGUACCUAACCCGGGUCACUGGCCUUCUAUGCACCCCCCCGUGGGAACAAAUGAGUUUUGCAACAACCAGUGGCCCCAGCCGCCGAAUUUCAGUAGCAUGCCGAAUUCUCCUGCGCAGUCUUUUCAGCAUCCAAUCGGGAUGCACCAGGAGAUGUGGAACGCGGGUAGAGACCCGAUUCAUAUGGACCCUCAUCAGUUGAACGAGGGUCAACUCAGGCCUAAUCAGUUCCCACCGAACAUAAACCCUGGAAUCAGGCCACUGAUGAGUCCGAAUCAGCGUCCUCAGGAUAUAAACCAUAUUCCACGACCCGACGAUAUACCCCCCAAUGUCGAUGUACCUAAUGUGCCAAUCAUACAGCCUUUGAUAUCACCCACGAGAUUCCCUGUUGGGCCACCGUACAGGAAUUUCCAGGGUGAGAACAGGCCUUACGAACCGCCAUUCGAUAGAGGCAUGGAGUAUCCCCAUCAGAGACAGUCUUGGGACUCCCCGGUUAAUCGUCCGAGCGAAGUGCCCUAUAGGCCCGAAACCGAAGUUCCUUGUACCGUGAUCGGGCCCACGGACGGCCCUACAGGGCCGUAUCCAAGGCCUAGCACACCUUGUCCCUGGAACAGGGACAGAGAUCGCGGCGGGGGUAGGGGGCGCAGUUCUUACUAUAACGAGAGAAACAGAGGGGAAUCGAGGAACAGUUUCAAUCGGGACUCGCGUAGGCCCGACUGGCCUAGGGAUAAUCACGAGUGGGACAAUAGUAACCGAUUUGGUAGGGACGCCAGAAGUAUAUCCGACCGCGACCCAAGGGUUCGGGAGCAUAGUGUAGUAAACCAGAGCCCCGGCCAGCCGAGAGAUAACGGUACCUCGGUAAGGGACCCUCGCUUGGCCAAGGACAAACAUUUCCCUCCCGCCAAGGGGAAGGAUAGUAAUUUCAACGAAAGGAACCCACGGAAACGUUCCACGGGACCGCCGUUCGCUUCGUCGUUCAGGAAGUCGAAGGAGAAACUAAAAUCACCUCCAAAGCCAACGGACGGCCACAGACGGACGGAGAGCGAGAAUUCUGGUAAACAGCAGUCGCCAGAAAAAUCGGCUAAGGAAAAAAUGCAAUCGCCUUUGGAGACCCUGUACGGAGUGAUCGACACGAAAGGCAAGUCUGCGCAGGGUUAUUGUUUGCAAAAUUUCAAAAUCCCAAAAAUCAAACGAAACGAGUCGUUGGAAUCGCCGACCUCGAGCCACGCGUCCGAGGAGACGAAGGUGAACGAUGGCGUGGAUAAACAAGAAGGUAAAUCUUCUAAGAGGGACAAGGACGAAGCUAUGGCGGAAGUGAGCAGUAGCAGCGACGGAAAUAUGCAAUUGGAGAAUUGGAACGACAGCGCUGACGCUAGCGAGAAGAAAGAGGAUCCGAAAGAAGAUCCUCUUCCUUCCGCGUCAGAAGAUAAAACGGAUUCAAAUAUUGCAGAGUCGGAUUCAAUUACUACCACUUGCUCGAAGGCUGCAGAAAGUGCAGACAAAACGAAGAAGGACGAAAUGGAACCGGAAGGGCCGAAAUCGAAGGAUGAAGUGACGCAAGAGUGGAUCGAGGCUUUGAUUAGAAAGUCCUUCGAAUUCGGCGAGGGGAAGAAGUUCGUCGAGCAGGCGAAGUUCAUGCAGAAACUCGGGGAGGUGCUGCAAGCAAAGAAGCUGAAGAAGAUCAAGAAGAUAAUAGAAUCCGAAUCAGAAAGCAGUAGUUCUGAUAAGGAUGAUACUUCCGGUACGAAGAAGGUACAGAUGAGGAAAAAACGACGGGUGAUUGUUUCCGACAGCUCGGACGAGGAGUCCCUUGCCGAAAGGUUGGGUAUCUUAACGACGAAGACUAAAGAAUCGUUCGAGGAUUCGUCUGUUAAGGAGGAGAAAGAAAAAGAAGCAAGCAAAGACAUCGUAGAAGAGGCGACUCUUCGCCUUACCGAAUCACUUAAAAAUAAGUCCCCGGAACAGGAUGUAUCUGCAGAGACUGAAGAUGUCCCCCAAGAAAAAGAUGAAAGCAAAGAGGAUAUCGAGGAGAGUGCGGAGAAGUCAGAAGAGAAUGUUGCAGCAGAUUGUAAGGAUUCAGUGAUUAACGAGGGGAAUGACAAGGAAAACUCCUCUAAAGCGCCCAAAGCGAAAGCGAAGAGAAGAAACUCUUUGGAGAUGCUACAAGAGGACAUAAGAGAGAUGUUCAUCUGCGAUGGUGUCGUGGCUGCGACUGGUCAUCGACUCUGUAGAACGCAAAAGGAGAACCAAACCAACACUUUUGUGUCAUCCAGUUCCAAUCAGAGUACACCGACUGCGAGGAAAGAGGAACCAGGUAAACGGGAGGUAGACUCUGACACAGACGAUGUUUUGGGUAUUUCGUCCAAGCAGAAGAAGUCUACCAAAUCCCGUGCUUCGGAUGAAUUCAAUAAAUCGAAGGGUAAGUCUAAGAAAGAAACGAAGAGGGUCACUCGACAACGUUCGAAGCAGUAUCACAGCUCGGACAGCGAGGAGGAUCAGCCGUUGGCUCUGAGAACCGAGCUCAUUCAAAGCGUGCCUGCUUUAUCCACCCAGGAAUCGCGGAACGACGAUAGUGAUGCGUUGCGAAGAAGCAAACGCAUCGUUAAUAAGGAUACGAUUAAAGAACCGCGCGUACUCGUUGAAAAGACAGAUAUUUCUAAGCUGGACUGUUCUAAAGUCCUCUUCGACAGUUCGUCCGAUGAGAGUUUUGGCAUAGAUGUUUCAGAACUGGCCGCGGCUGUCGAUAUCUCUCUUCAUCCUGAUAAACAGGCCGAUACUGAAACAGCAGAGUCAUCUGAUAAGAGGAAACCUGGUCCGGCUUGUAAAAAAGCUACGAAAAGGAAAGGAGGGGAAUUAACUGAAAGCAAAGUCGAUGAUCAGUUCAGCGACGAGGAGAGUAUUAUUUCUGAUAUUUCUAUGUCUAGCAGUAAUGCUUCUGCGAAGAAAUCAAACGCUGACUCGUUGAGAGUCGAACCUAGUGCCAAUGAGGAGUUGUUGAGUAACAUUCUAGUGGGAUUAGUAUCUUCCAAGAAUGAUACGGAUAAGGUAGACAAAGGAAGCGAUGCGGACAUCGACGACUUGCCACCUGAAUCAAGUACAAAGAAGUCUACUAAAAAGAAGAAGAAGAAAUGCAACUGGCAGAUGGGAAUAUUGUCUAAGAAAAAGAGAAAGAAGACCACUGCACCUGCUCCUAAAAUUGAUUUUGACAAUCACAAUACCGGUACCGAGUUAGGAGCUUCAAUAAAAGAUUCUUCUUCGACAUUAGAAAAUAAAAAAGACAGUAAUUCGUUGAAUGAUAAUCAAAAUGUUUCUGAGAAGUUUGAGAAGGAUAACAUCCAAGAUGUUAACACUGCUCAAACUUCUGAUGGAGCUUUAAAAGAUCAAAAAGUAGAUCAGUCUGCAGUAUUGGAUAACGAUACAGAGAAGAAAGAGUUGAAAGAUAAAGCUGCUGAAGAGGAACCACCGGUACAGAGGGAUGAAAAAGACAAGAACAAGGAACUGGAGAGGUCGCUUUUAGAUUUUAAUAUAAAUAAAUUGAUCUACUAUGCAUGGUCAGGGCAGGAACGAUACAAAUGUUUGCUGUGUUUCUUCACUGGUAAGAAUAUCGUUCAUCAUUACAAAUUGAGUCAUCCUGGAAAGGAGAUUUUGAUCUCCAGAUUGAAAAUAGAAGAUGCCAUGUCGGUUAUUCGAGAAGCUAAGGAUAACGACGUGGAGAAUGAAUCGUCGAAACCUAUAACCGAGGAAAAUUGCAAAUUUCAUUGUAGGAUUUGUUCUUUCUUCACCGAAGGAGCUACAAAGGUCGCCAUGGAAGCGUUCUACGAGCACUGCACCACUCAUACUGGGGAAUACAGGUUUCGUUGCAACUCUUGUCCUUAUCAAGCGGUAGCGAAAUCAUCUAUGAGAACUCAUUACUACAAAGUAUGUAGAAGAUUCAAAGACACUUUUGCCGAAGCGAUAACCGAAGAUGAGAUACCUGAGAAGAAUGGGGUUUAUGGUUAUUUAUGUUCCAAAUGUAAUUACCUUCAAUUGAAACGGUUUCAUAUAGAGGAACACGUGAAAUCAUGGCACAAAGAUGAUUCAGAUGUAAAUAUUGUAAUGAUUAACAUGUCUUUGGAUUCUGUUAAAGAAGAUCCUGUUAAUCAGAUUGCUGUACCAGCUGAGAAAGUAAAACAGGAAGGAUCUCAACUAAGUUCAGAUAAUGUAAAAGGAUCUACCAAUGAUUCAGUGACUUCUGUUGAUCAGAACGAUGACGAUAUGAGCGAGAUAGAAAUAAUAAAGGAUAACAAAGCUGCUGAACCUGAGGAUAAAAAGGAUGAGAAGGUAGAAAUGGAAUCGCAGAAAGAAAAGGACAAUUCUGAAGCUCCAGCUGAUGAUGAAAAUGAAAAGAAGAAGAAAACGUCCCAGGAAGAUGGAGACUCGAGUCUACCAACAGGAAAUCUAAGCGUGUUCGUUUGUCCACCAGAGUUAGAGAAGAAGGAAGUGGAGAUUCAGUUGGAACGGAAGAGGAAGAUGCAGGAGAUCAUUCAGAAUAUAGGUAUCAAGUUGCAGAAGGAUGCGUCUAAAAAAGGUUUCUCCAUCAUAGACAAAUUGAAAGAUAAAAUAAACAAUUUAAUGGCAGUGAGCAACGAGGCUGAUAAUAAUGAAAGUGUAGAAUCUCCUAGUAAUACUCCUACUACUUCUAUCAAUUCUCCAAAUCUAACACUAUCAGAGAAAAGCGCCCUUGAAUUGCUUCUCAACUCUAAUUCUGCUGUUGCAGAAAAUUCAGAAAUAAAUUUAUCAUUGUCUGAAGAAACCUGCGGCGCCGCGCCGCGGGCUGAAGAUUCUGCUUCGAAAACCAAUUCGUCGAGUACAGAACAGGAUUCUCAGCCCGCAUCCGAGGCAGAUAAGUUAAAUUCCAAUGUUGGAGAUCCUUUGACAAUGUUAGAUCAGAAGAAGAAUGAUGAAAGCGAUGCUGAAACCAGCGACAAUGAGAAUACGAGGAGGUCAGCUCCUAUUUAUGAAUCCGACUCCAGCAGCGAUCAGUCGGAUAACGAACCACCCGCAGACGUGAACAUGAUUCUAAAAGAAACUUCCAGCAUCGGUGCGUCCUCCAAGGAUCCAAUGUUAACGACUAUUCAGAGGCUCGCUGCUCAGCUACAGGGUACAAAACCAUUGGAAGGUUCCAAAGAGAAGUCAAAAUCUGACGAAUCUAAGAGAGCAUUUGCUUCUAUUCCUAAAACAUCAGACGCGGUGCCUGUUGCUGGUAUCAAGAAAUUUGUUGGCAAAUUAGAGAAUAAAUUCCGUGAAGUUUCACAAGAAACAAGCAGUGAUAGCAAUCCACCUAAAAACUUUAUUAGAUUGAGGCGUUUGAGUGGGGAUAUGUUGUCAAUACCCACGGUAUCUGCAGGUAGCCAAGAAGACGUGUCUUCAGUGAACAGUGGAAGUCAAUCUAAUACCUCGCCGAGUGCAGAAAUUACAGAAAAAUUAGACAAAGAGGAAGAAGAAUGUUCAUUUUUGAAGAUUGAAAACGUAGUUAGUCUAGCACCGCGAACUGAUAACGAUGGUGCUGAAAAUCCAAUUAUACAUGAUAUAAGAAAAGCAGUUGAAAUUUCUCCUUUAAAAGGUCAAGGUGUAUCUGUAUUGAAGAAAUCUAAUUCACCUUUUAUUCUAAAGAGGCUGAAUGCUGUGACCAUUGCACAACCUAUAUCGGUGCAAUCUUCUACAACAGAAACUGUGAAGUUGAUUCCAGUGAAAAGUCUGCCUUCUGUUACAUCUACCGUCACCACUGCUCAGCGUACUACCACCAAUUACAUUCCUAUUGCUCCAAAAACAAAGAAGAUCAUUCCAAUGAACAACAAAUUACCGUUUCCCCUUUCUGGAAAUAAGACUACAUUGAUCUCCCCAGCAACCACGCGCACCGUGACUGUCGGAGGAUCGCCACAGCCGUCGAAUUUGAAUUACAAAAUCGUUAAAGUCGUUCGAACACCUACUACUAUACUAAAAUCAAACGAAUCGAACGUUGCAACCGCUACUGUAGUUAAAUUGAAAUCUAGAGAUGCUUACAGCGCCAUGUUGAAAAGAACUAAAUUAACACAUUUGUUCAAAUGCAUGGAACGUGAUUGUCGCUUUACAACUGACGUAUUAUUGCAAUAUCAGCAACAUUAUAUUCAGCACAGUAACGAGGCUGAAAAGAAAAAGGGGGUUCAACCUGAUUACCAGAAAUGUGCUUAUUGUUACAUGGUACUGGAGAAUUGGAAUCAGAUGAAACUGCAUAUGGAAGAAAAGCAUGCUCACUGUCGUUAUCAAUGUAGUGUCUGUUUCUAUAGAGCUAUUGUUCCUUCUUAUGUACAAGUACAUCAGGCGACUGCUCAUCCUGGUAACCAUGGUAUUUUACUUGGCAAAUUAUUAAAGGAGUUGCCACUGAAAGAAGAAGUUAAUAGACAUGACUUUAUACAUCCUUAUGUGUGCCAGCAUGAUUGUAGUAAAUUCUUCUAUGUUCCUGAAUCUUUUAUGGCGCAUUUAAAAAACAAGCAUUCAUCAAUUCUGUCUGUGUUCAAGUGCCACGUAUGUCGUGUUACGUGUCUAAAAAUUGAACAGCUAAUGAUGCAUUAUAAAAUGCAUGGAUUUUACAAGUAUCAGUGUCUCUAUUGCUUAAACGGUUCGGACACUAUCAAUGAAAUGCAUACUCAUUUAAGUGUAUUUCAUUGUAAUCGACUACCGCAUAUCCUUGAAAGAUCUCUUCCUCCUCAGCCGGUACGACACAAGGACGUGAUAGAUCAGCUAGUUGUAAGAACGUUCGAUGAUAAUAUUAAAUUUACCGAGGAAAUCAUUGAUGUAGAAAACGAAGGGAAAGAUAUCAAUAAAGACUCUCUUAUAAUUGACGUCAUUAGCACAUCUCCGUCUCACAAAAUAGCUUCUUUGAAUUUGCCUAAAGAUGUAAAUAUGGUGAACAAAGACGAGAACGAUGUACUAAAUAUAUCAAUACAUAAUUUAUUUGGAAUUGGCAAUAAUUCGUAUAGUUCCAUCACCGAAUUACCUCAACGUGGGAAAACAUCUUUGAACGAAAGUAGCAGCGACAACGCAACCACAAAGUUAUUUGAAAACCUGAACGACGUCGACGUAUCGGUGAUGUCCGUUUCCAAUAACGAAGCGGCAAAUAAAAUUUUGUCGGAUAAAAACAAAAGGACCGGUAUCGUUUCCGGUAGAAGUUCCAUCGACCCGUUAGAAGUUUCUGCGGGGGCGUUCGACUCCACCGACGAAUUCGUGAACAUCAAUUUACUCGAUAAUCCGGAUUUUUUGAAGAACGUUAACAGUCGUUCCAGCGACGUUACAAAUAACGUGACUGUGAAUGACAGUAAAACAGAGGACAGCGAUAUAGAAAUAGUAGAUAUCGAUGAUACGGAGAACAUCACUCCGACGAAGGAUGAUAAAUCCGGGUUAAAUAAAAAUGAUAAUCCCGAUGAGAAGAUAAAGGUAGAUCUUCAGGAAAUUGAUAAGAAGGAACAGUUGUGCAGCGAUGUUGAAAAUUCGAACAUGUCUACUGACACUAAUGGAACUUCUAGUUAUAGUACUGCUACUAAAACGAACAAACCAUUGACAUUAGACGAUAUCAAAGAUACCGGUUUCAUGGGAACAAAAUUAUACAGAUGCGGUUAUGAACCAUGCAAUUACGGUGCACCUACUGCGGCUCUUUUAAGAGUUCACUCUAAAGAAUGCCCUUUACGCAGUGAUACUAAAACUUUGAAUUGCACUCAUUGCAGUAAAAAAUUUAUUAAAAUCGGAUUUCUAUUGGAACACUUAAAAUCACAUGGAUUGAAACGCUUUGGUUGUUCGUUGUGCAAAAUGAGAUGUACAGUUGGUUACCAAGCGAUGGGGCACAUGAAAAUGAAACACAAAUAUGCUUAUAGUAAAUUGGUUCCAGCUGAUCCAAAGAAUCCAUCCGUGGAUGGUCUGUUUAUUGUACAACCAAUCGUAAGUCAUCAAAGCGGCGAACGAAAGGGAAAGAAACGUAAAAGUACAAAAUCCGCAGAAAAAGAUGGUGAGAAGGUAAACACAGAUACUGAAAAAUUUUCUUUUAGUCCCGACGAGAUAGACGCUCUGCCGAUGCAAGCUAUAUACAAUCGUGAAGUACAAUGUGCUGUAUGUCCUUACACAACGAAAGUUCGUACGAAUAUUAUUAGACAUUUGACGCUUCAUGCGAAAGACGAAACUGUACCAGAGAGUGGCCCUGUUAACCCCGUGCCUUGCUUAGACAAGAAAGAGCGAAUGUUUGAUAAAAUGGUGAAUUUGGCGAGUAGCUCCCAUCAGAAUGGUCGGAUGGGAGGGAAACCAAAGGAAUCUAACAAGGAUAAUGAAGAUGAAUUGAUUCCAAAAUUUGUGCCUGAACAUAAGAGAUACGUAUGCGGUGUAGCUGAAUGUAAUUACUUAACGGUCGAUGAAGCUAUGUUAAGAUGUCAUUUAAAGGCAUUGCACUCGGAAGAACAAUAUUUUCGAUGCCCUCAUUGCCCCCAAGCCGCUCCAGGUCAAGAAGGAUUAAAUAUAGCAAUCGACAAAAUGGGUGUUCAUUUGAAAAUGCACGAUACAAGACUUUACAAAUGUUCCCACUGCAAUCAUCAUCAUUAUCAUAGGCACGUUGUUGAAAGACAUCUAUCCGACAAGCAUCCCGAGAAAAGACCUUUCGUUAAGGUAAUCAGAGAGUUAGAAAACACAGAAAAUACUCAGCAGUCGGUGCAGGAAGAGGUUGAAGAAGAUGCCCCUGAUCCAGAUGGAAAUCACUGGAAAUGUAACAUUUGCGACUACAAAUGCGUUUAUAAAGCAGAAAUGGUUAAUCACAGUACUGUGACGCACGACGAGAAGUGUCAAUAUAAAUGCAGUUUGUGUUCCUUCAAGACCAGUGGAAAAAUCAUGUUUGACCAACAUAUCAAUAGUAAACACCCAAACGAAUUGAAUGUUGAUUACAUUCUGAUGUAUCAAAGAAUAAAAGGUGUUAAUAAAAAAAGUGCAGAUAACGUUGAACAAAGCGGACAAGAAGAACCAUUUGACACUACUCCUCUAUGGAGGAGAGACAUGCCCAGGAUUAGACACAUACGUGGAAUUCUUUUAGAAGAAGAAGAGGAAGGAUCGACAGAGUCUACCUCUUUAAAAACGGGGAAACGAAAGAGCGACUCAGAUUUGUCGGCCGUUAAACCGGCUAAAAUAAAACCAGGAAAAUCGAGUUCGCUGGAUGACACGAAACAGAUGAAAGAAAAAUCUAAGAAAUCACUUUCGGUUGAUAAUAAAAUAGAAGCAGAAAAUCUGAGCGAAACCCCUACUGAUAAAAUUAAAGAAUCAAAAGUUAAACUGAUCGAAGACAAUGACUCGAGUGAUUCUGAUGUUGGUAGAUUCGGUCCUUACGGAAAAUCUGAUGGUAACAUGUACGUUUGCACUUUGUGCACGCAGUUUAAAUCGAAAUACAAACACGAUAUGAGAGAUCAUCUUUAUAGAGAAUUAAACUAUGCAAGAUGGCAUUGUAAGGAAUGUGGAUAUUUAUCUGUGAACCGUAAUGCUUUGUUAAAACACUUUUCUAAGCAUCACAAUGGAGAGCGUCCUAAUCACGAACCGUUAUCACCAGACGACGAUAUUGAAGAUUGGGUUGGCACAUUGUUAAAAAGACAAACGCUUAUGAUAAAAGAAUUUUUGACCAAGCAAACUGCAAAUACAGAUACAUCUGCGACCAUGAAUAUUUCCGGAAGUGAUUCCAGAUCACCUAGUAAAACUUUAAAAACUGCAAAUGUUGUCAGUAAAUCUCUAAACGCGAAAGACAGCAAAAUUCAAAAUAUUGAAACGAAUAUAGAUGCGCAAGAUGAUAAUAGUAAAGAUAAUGACGGUCUCAUUAUUGAUAUGGGAGAAGAGACACCGACCAAAGAGAAAAUAGAAAAACCUACAGAAGUUGCGAAAGGUGCAGUAAGGCAGGAACGAGAAAAGCCAUUAGUUUGUAAACAUUGUAAAAUGACAUUUACCAGAUGGCGUGGUUUUAAAUUGCACGUUCAGUUGACUCAUUUAAAACGACUUGGAUACAUAUGUCCAUAUUGUGAUCGUAGCACGAAUUCUGAAUCAUUAAUGAUCCAACACAUGCGUUCUAAACAUCCUAACUGUCCCGAGAAACUGCUUCCGAAUCCGGCGGCUGGUGGACCAGAAUUGCCAGAUGAGUUUUGGAAAAAGGAGUAUGGUAUUGUGUUUCCAAAAAGAUCAAAGAAACGGAAAAGAAAGAUCAGCGGAGAAGAAAUUACAGAUCACGAUAGCAGCCUAGAGCAAAUUGAAUCGCAGGAGAAAUGUACCAUAUGCAAUUUCAUUGCUAUGAAUUUAACCGGCCUGAAAGCGCACAUGAGAAUACAUUCAGCAAAGACUCAAUUGAAAUGCUCCUAUUGCACUUUUGUUGGGUCAUUGAAAGCAGAAUUGUGGGAUCAUUGGAAACAGAUGCAUCCAUUUUCACCGUUUAAAUUUGACGAUCAAUCGCUCUUUGAAUCAUCCGCUGAUGAACCUGAAAAUAUCAAGUCGGACAAAAGAUCUAUCGAUGAUUACAACGACGACAUAGAGGAGGAACAUAUUUCUGAUAUAAAGGACGAUGAAAUAAAUUAUUGUUGUUACUAUUGCAAUUACCGUGGUAGAUCUUUGGACGUGGUUGAAAAUCAUUGGAGCCUGAUGCACAGCGAAUUAAAAUUGGAAGGUAAUUCUUCGAAAUUCAAGUCAAAUUAUCCGUUUAGAUACAAAGAAGUGCAUUCAUUAUCGGGGAAGGCGGUUAUCAAAGGUCAGUGUUCUAAAACGGAACCUGAAACUUCGUAUGAAUUAUAUUUGCAACAAACCCACGAUGAUGUGCGCAUAAUAGAAGCAUCAGGAAUGAAAGAAGGUUGGAUUUGUCAAUGGUGUAACGAGAUGUGUGAUUCUGAAGUUCAAAUAAAAACGCAUCAUGGUAUGUUCCAUUCGCAUUUGCCAUUGAACUUUAAAGGGCACGAUAAAAACAAGGUGCCCAAGGGAUACGUUUGUCCGGAGUGUUCGUUUACAACAACAUUUAUCAAUGUGAUGAAGAACCAUGUCUCGAAACACAUUAAUCUUUUAAAAUGUAAACAUUGUGAUAAGACUUUCAGUUCUUCUCCUCAAGUGUCUUCGCAUAACGCUGAGGAACACCCCGACAUGGAAUUAAAGAUAGAAAGUAUUCAGAAUUACGAGUCGCAGUUGGAAAAUAUUAUGGCUAAAGUUAAAUGGCAAAAAACAAGCCCGAAUACACAAAAUACAGAUGAAAAGGAAGGUAUAGUAGAACCAGGGAAACGUCAAGCUGUAGCUAGAAAGUCAACGACUAAAAAUACUGCUCGUCCGAAUCAUAUUCCGUACAAAAUAAAAGCAGUCGCUCGAAAAUCUACCAAUCCACAUUCAAGAUAUCUUCUAAAUAAUAAAAUGAAUGACAAACAGUCGGUGAACAGUAAAGGAUUUACAUAUUAUGGCCUUCCUAGGAUACCUGUUAAUUUAGCAAAAUUAAAUACAUACAUGGUAGUCGGUGGUCACCGGAUGAAAGUGAAUUGCACCACUUUGGCACAGUUGAUCAAUAUCAGUCCAAAAAUAAUAUUGAAAGACGUUAAGCAUGAUGUUAAAACCAUGGCUAAGCUUAAAAGGUUGAAAUAGUUGAUGAGAACUUAAAGGAAAAUCUUGUAAGGAAAUUAUUUACAUUAGAAUAUUUAAUUUUACGUUAUUAUGUAUAAAUAUUUAUUGUACACGACUACUGAUAUAAUGGUUAACCUUUAACCAAAGCAUCGUGUGGUAUUAUGUGCUUUUCUGUAACGUUAUAGGUAGCAGAUAAUAUUGAUGAAUUUUUAUAAAAUUCAUUCUUUCGUAUUGUAACGCAAGACGUGUAUAAAAAAAAAAGGCAUCAUAAUUGAUUGUUCAAUGAUCGUACUUUGUGCCUAUUAUAUUCUUCUAGUGUAUUAGAAAUUUUAAAAUACAGAAGAAAGAUAAUUUA